CCUGUCGUAACGUGAUGCCAGCAGCAGAGAAAUGUUUCUUGAUUUUUUUAAAAAACCCUUACUGUAAGAAAGUAACGUCAACUAAAAAGGGACUUCAGUCAGCCAUGAUUCCUAAGCAUUCCCUGAUGGGACCAUUUAAGGGACAUAUGUGCAUAAAGAGCAGCCCAUUUUGUUUGGGAUCAUCCUGCAAGCUAUCCACACAGUUUAUCAUUCAAGAUCACUUGGCUAUGCAUUACAAGAGUCUACAAUCAGCCAAAGCCACUGUUGAUUCGUCUAUGCCGAAAAGCAUGUCUACCAGUAUUAAAUGUAACUUUACAGAAAAGUCUUCUGUUCCAUUUCAUCUGGAGACAGACUGUCCAAUAUGGUAUCAAUCACAGGAAAUGCAGAAGUUGAAUACUAGAAGUUUGGCUGGAAAAGAACACAGUUCCACUACAGUGAAAUCAAAGCUGAUGGCAUGGGAAAAUGAAAUGAAAUAUUUACAGUUUCUCAAAGAAGUAACAGAUGAUAUAUUGCUCAGAGGUUACCAUUCUAACAGGAUCUUGGAAAACAUUUUCCAAAUACACGUUGAAAGGAGCAAAUACCAUCUUAAUGAGGACAAGUUGAAAAAUAUCCUACAAAACCUGAGACAUGAGUUGCAAACAGAUCUAGCUGUUAGCUCCUCUGAAUACAAUGCAGCAGCAGUACAGAAAACUCUGCUUCUUGGCAAAACAUUUGACAGAACACAUAGAGCUGCAGACAAGGAACCAAUCCAAUUUAAAGAUGAUGAUAAAGGAAAACAUGAUUGGAGGAAACCAAAAGAGAACUCAGACCUGACUGAAAAUGAGAACAUAUAUCCAAGAAAAUGGCAAAAACAGAAUGGCGUUGAAAACUUGAGGAAGAGACUUGCCACACGGCUUUCUACAACAGAUCAAGACUUCCAGUAACAUAUUCAUUCUGAAGAAAAGUGGCAAGGACAUUUCACCUAUCAAGAUCACACUGUUCAUAAUAGAUACUUAAGUGACCAGUAAUGUUCUUACACCAGUUUCAGGAGUUUCUGAAGUAAAGUUUACUUAAAGCAU